CCCCUAAAAAAAAAACAAAAGAACACAGAGGAGAGAGAAAAAGGGGAAAUUUUUAGAGAGAGAAACUCCCAUUUUAUCUCACUAAUCUGAUCUCGAUCCGCCAUUAAAGAGCCGCUCCAAGCUUCGCCGUCUCUUCUAAGAUGUCGUUUCGCCACGAGAAAGAGAAGGCCGUCAACGUCCAGGUCCUUCUACGUUGCAGGCCGUUCAGCGAUGAGGAGCUGCGGAACAACGCGCCGCAAGUGGUGACUUGCAAUGAUUUCCAGAGGGAAGUGGCGGUGUCUCAGACGAUCGCAGGGAAGCAGAUUGAUAGGAUUUUUACAUUCGACAAGGUGUUUGGUCCUUCAGCAAAGCAGAGGGAUUUGUAUGAUCAAGCAGUGAUUCCUAUUGUAAAUGAGGUCUUGGAGGGUUUUAACUGUACAAUUUUCGCUUAUGGCCAAACGGGUACAGGAAAGACAUAUACCAUGGAAGGUGAAUGUAGAAGAUCUAAGAGUGGACCAAAUGGUCAAUUACCUUCAGAUGCAGGCGUUAUACCAAGAGCUGUGAAACAGAUAUUUGACACCCUAGAAAGUCAAAAUGCUGAAUAUAGUGUAAAAGUUACUUUCUUAGAGCUGUAUAAUGAAGAAAUCACUGAUUUGCUUGCUCCGGAAGAGAUAUCUAAAGUUGUUUUGGAGGAAAAGCAGAAAAAGGCAUUACCACUUAUGGAGGAUGGUAAAGGGGGUGUUCUUGUAAGAGGACUCGAGGAAGAGAUUGUAACAAGUGCCAAUGAAAUCUUUUAUCUUCUGGAGAGGGGAUCAGCAAAGAGACGUACUGCGGAGACUUUAUUGAACAAACAAUCAAGUCGGUCACAUUCUCUAUUUUCCAUUACAAUACACAUCAAAGAGGCCACCCCAGAAGGAGAAGAACUUAUUAAAUGCGGGAAGCUAAAUCUAGUUGAUCUUGCCGGAUCAGAGAACAUUUGUCGCUCAGGGGCGAGGGAGGGUCGUGCAAGAGAAGCUGGGGAAAUAAACAAAAGUCUACUCACGUUGGGACGUGUAAUUACUGCUCUUGUGGAACACCUUGGGCACAUUCCCUACAGGGACAGCAAGCUUACUCGGUUGCUUCGUGAUUCACUAGGAGGAAGGACCAAGACUUGCAUAAUAGCCACUGUUUCACCAUCUGUGCACUGUUUGGAAGAGACCCUUAGUACGUUAGAUUACGCUCACAGAGCAAAAAAUAUAAAGAAUCGGCCCGAGGUGAACCAAAAGAUGAUGAAAUCAACUUUGAUCAAAGACCUCUAUGGGGAAAUGGACCGGCUUAAAGCAGAACUGAAUGCUACUCGUGAGAAAAAUGGAGUCUACAUACCAAAAGAAAGAUAUUCACAAGAGGAGGCUGAAAGAAAGGCAAUGGCAGAGCAAAUUGAGCAAAUGGGGGUCUCACUAGAAACCCAACAAAAGCAAAUUGAGGAUUUACAGGAAAGUAAUGACACACAACUGCAUCUUGUUGCAGAUCUGAGAAAACAACUUGAUGCAACAGAGAAAAGCUUGAACCAUACUAGCAAGUUAUUAGCUAUUGCAAAGGAGGAUCUCCAGCAAUCCCAAUAUACCCUGAAAGAGAAAGACUUCAUCAUAUCAGAACAGAAGAAAGCUGAAAAUGCUUUGGCUCAUCAAGCAUGUGUUUUGCGGGCAGACUUGGAGAAAUCUAUUCGUGAUAAUGCUUCGUUGUUUUCUAAAAUAGCCAGAGAAGACCAACUGAAUGCUGCAAAUAGGUCAACAGUCAAUAGUUUUCAGGUUGAUCUCACAGAUAAAGUUACCUCACUCUGCAAAAUUUUAGCUACAUCAAUGGAGAAACAGAAUAAACACCUUCAGUCUGUUGGGGAUCUUUGUCAAUCUUGUCUAGAUUUCCAUGACAAGGCAGUCUUAGAACUGAAGAAGAAGGUGUCAAACUCAAGGGCACUGUGCAUUUCUCAUGUAGAAGGAAUUCAGAAUGCAGUACGCUUGCAUAAAUCAACAAGCGAUGCUGGCCUCGAAGAGAUCUCAUCUGCUGCUGCUGCCAAUUGCUCCUCUCUUCUUCAUUUGCUAACUGUGGGGGAAGGAGAAACAGAUCUUAUCUUUAAGAAUCUACAAGGUACUUUGUCUAUUCAUCGAGGAGAGAUUGCAAGCUUCACUCAGGAGCUGAGACAGAGGUUUUCUUCUAGUUUGGAGCAUACAAAGGAGAUGUCCAACUUUAUCUUUGAACUUCUUGAAAAGCUGGGUGCAGAAUCAAGGAAGCUUCACAGUCACUCGAAUCUGGUGCAUGAAGCUCAGGCGGCUAGCCUUGCUGAUUUCCAGAAGGCUUAUGAGGAGGAAUCAAGGUCCGAAGCAGAAAAGCUUAUAGCAGAUUUGACGAGUCUAGUGUCCAGUCACAUGCACCGACAAAAAGAACUGGUCAAUGGAAGACUCACUGCAUUUAGGGAUUCUGCUUUGGAGAACAAGACGGUUUUUGAUGAGCAUGUAUCAUCUGUCAAUGGCAUGACAACUAAUGCCAAGAGGAAAUGGCAAGAAUUUUCCAUGAAAGCACAGCAUGAUUCCGAAGAUGGUUCCAACUUCUCUGCAGCAAAGCAUUGUCGUAUGGAACUUGUUCUUCAAGAAUGUGAAAACACUGUUAAUGCUGCCUGCCAACAGUGGAAGAAGAUACAUGCAUCUGUUAAUGAGAUGAGCAGUAAGCAUGUCGUCGACAUGGAUGCACUUAUUCGAAACGCCAUUGAGAGUAAUGAGCAACAUGAUUCUGAGGUUGCAUCAGCACGAAGUAUUGCUGAGGAGGAUGCAUGUAAGAAUAGCAAAGAUAUUCAACAUCAUUUAGAGAGUAUAAUGGAAUACGACAAGGAAUCGAAUAAAGGAACUUUGACAGAAAUAGAAAUCCACGCUGAGACUCUGCAGCAGCUGCAGGAGGAUCAUAGGAGCUGGGCCUCUGAUGUCAACGAGUACGCAGAGAAUACCUUCCAAAAUACAUACAAGGAUUAUGAGCCUAGCGGUGAGACACCGUUGCGGUCUGAGCCCAACGUGCCAAGCAAGGGUACCAUCGAGUCGCUUCGAGCAAUGCCAAUGGAUACUCUUCUAGAGGAGUUUAGGGAAAACAACCCUUACGAAUCGUCGAAGGAGAAGCCCUCGCAGAUACCAAGAUCGCCCCUCAUUCAACUGAACUGAUUGGUUUCAUAACACAAGCUAUUCUUGUGUAGUUGUUGUGUGAUGUAUUAUUGUUAUUAUUAUUUACAGUGUUUGCUAGUGUGAGAGGGGAGCUUUCUUAGGUCCUCGUAUUCAAAUUUUUUUGCCAAUGUAUCGCAUAGAUGCAAGAGUAGCGGAUGGGUAAACAUUCUUCCUGAUCUAUGUUAUGUACAUAAUAUAGACUGAUUGUAGUUUCUUGAUUCCCAAAUCUCUGAUCUAUGUUAUGUACAUAAUAUAGACUGGUUGUAGUUUCUUGAUUCCCAAAUCUUAGUUGAGUUUAGAAUUGUUUCUCGAA